AUGUCUACGACGAAGGCGGGAGAGCGCAAGCAGAGAACGUCCAAACCUAUUUGGAGCGCUUUAAGGUGUCGUCAGUUGGAGGUCUUAGCACACGAGGCAGUGGGAUGCUUUGUGACACACUGUGGGUGGAACUCCACGUUGGAGGGCCUGAGCUUGGGCGUUCCAUUAAUGGUGGCAAUGCUACAAUGGACAGACCAAAGCACGAAUGCAAAGUAUAUUAUGGAUUUUUGGAAGAUGGGACUUAAAGCUCCGGUGGAUGAGAAAGGGUUAGUGAGGCGAGAAGCAGCAGCGCACUGCAUAAGGGAGAUAAUUGAAGGAGAGACAGGAGAAGAGAUUAAGAAAAAUGCCUUCAAAUGGAGAAAAUUGGCAAAAGUGGCUGUUGACAAAGGUGGAAGUUCUGACAAAAACAUUGAAGAAUUUGUAGCCAAACUGGUUGCUCGUAAGUCCUAG